ACGGCCCGGCGGAGGCGGCGGACCCCGGCGCCCGGUUUUCUUCAGCAGCUCAAUGGCCUCCUCGAAGAAGAAGCUUCAAGGUCUGGUUGCUGCAACCAUCACGCCAAUGACUGAACAUGGAGAAAUCAACUUUUCGGUAAUUGGUCAGUACGUGGAUUAUCUUGUGGAAAAGCAAGGAGUGAAGAAUAUCUUUGUGAAUGGCACAACGGGAGAAGGCCUGUCUCUGAGCAUCUCAGAGCGCCGCCGGGUCGCAGAGGAGUGGGUGACAAAAGGGAGGAACAAGUUGGACCAGGUGGUAAUUCAUGUAGGAGCCCUGAGCUUGAAGGAGUCGCAAGAACUGGCCAAACAUGCAGCAGAAAUAGGAGCCGAUGGCAUCGCUGUCAUUGCACCUUUCUUUCUCAAGCCACAGAACAAAGAUGACCUCACUGAUUUCCUGAAGGAGGUGGCUGCGGCUGCCCCGGCCGUGCCUUUUUAUUACUAUCACAUUCCCGCCUUGACAGGGGUAAAGAUUCGUGCCGAGGAGUUGCUGGAGGGGAUUCAGGAGAAGAUCCCCACCUUCCAAGGGCUGAAAUUUAGUGACACGGACCUCUUAGACUUUGGGCAGUGUGUUGAUCAGAAUCGCCAGCGACAGUUUGCUUUCCUUUUUGGGGUGGAUGAGCAACUGCUGAGCGCUCUGGUGAUGGGAGCAACCGGAGCAGUGGGCAGUACCUAUAACUACCUGGGGAAAAAGACUAACCAGAUGCUGGAGGCUUUUGAACGGAAGGACCUCUCUUCAGCCCUGAAUUACCAGUUUUGUAUCCAGAGAUUUAUCAACUUUGUGCUCAAACUAGGUUUUGGAGUGUCACAGACCAAAGCCAUCAUGACUCUGGUGUCUGGGAUUCCAAUGGGCCCACCCCGGCUCCCACUGCAGAGAGCCUCCAAGGAGUUUACUGAUAAUGUGGAGGCUAAACUGAAGAGUCUGGGUUUCCUUUCUAUUGCUGAUUUAAAGAAUGUGAACUUAGAAGCCUGUAGCUAAUGCCUUUCUAUCAAGUGAGGGUGUAUACACUGAGCUAUAAUCGACCUUGAAUAGUGCAUUCAUUUCUCAAGGACUUCAUAGAUGAGCUUGAACUAAAUUCUUUCCUAGCAAAUGAAAUUUCACAUCAAUCAACAAGUAUUUAAGUACCUACUGCGAUCUUUAGAAAGUUUUAUUUUGUGAAGGGGCAACAGCUCCAAAAGGAGUCAUGAGCCCUGACUCAUUCAAUAUUGUACAAGUCUUUUGUGGGGAAAUUUCUGCUUAUAGAUGAAAUGGAAUCAAGAGGAAAAUUGUAUUUAAUUUCAUCUGCCUUUGGGAGCUCCCAUUAUCUUGAUUUCUGGUGCUUAAUCCUAUUUUAAAGUUUUCUCAUGUUAAACCUCAAUAAUGUACUUUCAUUUCAAUAAAUAUUCAUUUGGAAUCUAAGAAAACUCUGAGCUAUGGCAUGUAGGCAGGUGUGCUAACUUGAGUGCCAAAUUACAGCAUGACUGAACUAUACACAACCAAGAACACACCCGCUGGCUUGGCUGUUCAGUCUAACUCGAGAACACCUGCUUUCAGAUCAAUUGUGAUGUCACAGGUUUUCCCCAAAACACUGGGUUAGGUGAAGACUUGUUUCAG